CGACGAACUUAUCAACAAAGUAUGAAAACAUAGAAGCCAAACUGAACAAAGUAGAGAAGAGCCAUAGUAAGUAAAACAAUCGAACGCUUGUGGAAUUGAACGCUUACGGAGGACGCACAUAGAUGUUCUUUGACGUAAACGAGCAGGUAAUUCAUACAAGCAUAUAAUCUUCCAUUUAGAUUUCAAUCUUUGUGGCCCAAAUUCUCUGAAGAAAGAGUCAGAAGAAAAAUGCUUCCCUUCCCUGUCUUUGUCCGUUGGUGUCAACCGUCCAUAAGCAUUCGUGAAGCACAUGUCUUGCGAGUCCACUGAUCAUUUUUUCCUUCCUCUUAAUAAAAAAGACAACGAUUCUUUGGAGAGAUUUUUGGCUUCUUUCAGGUCCUUUGAAAGCCUUGUCAAUUCGUUUCACUAUGAAAUCUCAAGUUUAAAUCGCGUCAAAAAAAAAGGAAACUUAUAGGAUCCUAUUCCAUUCACUUGAUAUAUAAAAAUGUUACUUUAUAUGUCUUUGGUUCUGAUCAAGUUGCAAAAUUCUGCUUCUUUGUUUUAAAAAUUGGCUGACGCAUGAAUCUUGUAUACAAAGGAAUCGCGCGCGAAGGUCAACUUGCCAACUACCAACAUCUUUGCAUUGUAGAAUUUUUAGAAAAAAGUUGAAGAGAGUUGUUUAGAAGAAAAUGAUGAGAGUGACAGGACCUGAAUCUUGUGAAUUCGAUAAUCCGUCCCUUCCAUUAGUAGAAUUAGAGCCGUAUGCUCGUGUAAAUCGUGAAUCUACGAAAAUCCGUAAACAAUAUUUGAAGCGAGACUACUCGGGGAGAAGUAUUUACCAACCGGACUCCAAUAAUCCGACGCGUUGGAAAUAUGAAAGGCCUUUAGAAACUAUACGUGCAUGGAAUAAUGUUAUCGAUGGAAAAAAGCCUGACCAAAAUAUGCAUGCAGCACGAAUGUCAAAUUUGAAACCGAGUCCUUCUUUAAAAGAUCGUUAUCCAGCUAUAACCAAGCAACAAGACCCUUUGACUUCUGCAAAACAGCAUUGCUCUGUUAAAAGCAUUUCGAGGCCAUUGAGCCCGAUACUCUCUGUUGCGUCUAUUGACAAUCAUGACUGUUGUCAGAAGACACCGGAGCAGGUGGAAAAGAAACAAGAGGGAAAGCAUGCGCCUGCUUCAAGCUCUAUUUCUUCUGACAUGCUAUGUGCAGCAGCAAGCAAUGGUUACUUCCGCAAACCGGCUGUUUUAAAUCAAUCCUUGGUGCCUUUAAACUCGGUCGCACCGCCUCCACAUAAGCAUGAGUUAAAACAUAAGCUGAAACAAUUUGUUCAAAAUGUUUUAAAUUAA